AUGUUAAGCGAAGAUCGUUCAGCAUCAACAGCCGAUGCAUUGGCUCGUUGGUUUCAAUCAUUUCAAUCUGAUAUUAUUAUUGAUGGAGAUAAUCUACAUUGUCUAACGUCCAAUUCAAAUUUACAAGAUAUUUGGCAAAAAAUGAUUCGACAUUGUCAUCCAGCUGAUUAUGUCAAAAAAGUAAAAGAAUCUAUACGUAUCGCUGAAUUGAAAGAACGUUAUCCAGACAGGUGGGAACAACAUAAAAAUGCUCAAAUUCAACAAGGUCAAAUAGAACAAAGAAUUGGGCUUCGUCUACGUGAAAUUUAUUCAGCACGCUCUGAACAAUCGACAAAUAUUUUCAACGAAUUAAAUCGUGUUCAAACAAUGAUCAAUGAUGAGCAUAACUUGAUUUCUUCACUUGAUAAACAACUUCAAAUUUAUCGACAACUAACAAAUUAUUUAAAUCAAUUGGCUCUAAUGAAAGAACAAUUAAAUUUAUUAACAUCAAUGAAUGGAGUAAAUCAUCAAGGAUUAGUUGCCGAAUUAAUGAAUUUAAAUAUUUCAUUAACAGAAAAAUUUCAACAAUCAAUUAAUUUGAAUGAUUUAUGCUCUCUGAUGAAUACACUUCUUCAACAAAGAAUUAAUCAGCUUAGUAAAAUAGAAAAAGAUGAUCAAGAACGAAGUUCAUCUAUUAUGGAUAAUUACGAAGAGGCUCUUACAAAAGCUAACCUGGAUUUUACCAAACAAUUUGUACAUUUGGCAAAUAUUCGUAUGGAAUGUGCUAAACUUCAUAGUCGACUUGCAGACAGUAAACGAGAAGUUUUAUCUCGUCGACCAUCUGACGAACAAACCCAAUUGUUGUCUAUUCUUGAUGCAAUGAUUGCUAGUAAAUCAGUUGAAGUCCAUUUAAGUUUAUUGAAAACGAAAAUUCAAACGGAAAUUGAACAAAAUAAAAAAUCUGAUGAAAAAUCGAUUCCACGUAUCCAUCAACAAAUAAUUGAAAAACGAAAUGAACUUAAUCGAAUCGAUAAUCAAUUAAAUAAAAUUAUUCAAGAAAACCCUUUAGAAAAAUUAGAAAAACUCGAAUUAAAAAUUCGAGACUAUACUCGACUUAUAAAUGAUCUUCCAACACGUUUUCAUUCAUUAAAUAUAAUGCAUUUAUCAUUAUCAAAUGAUCUUCGUUCAAAUAUUUUAACAUGGCCAAUUGAACAAUUUUCUCGAAUAAAUUUAAUCAAUAAUCCAAUUGAAAUUACAAUAAAAUCUCCUCCGACGCCAUUAGUUAUGAUUCCAUCGCAAACUCCAACAACACCAUUAACAUCGCUUAAACAAUUACUUGGCAUUCGAACACAAGAUACUUUAAUACUUGAACCACCAAUAACAACAAAUAUGCCCAUUAUAGAAGAAAAUCAAAGUUGGGAUAUUGAUAUAAAUGAGGAUGAAACAUUAUCAAUUAAAUAUCCAUCAAUAUCAUCCAUUGAUUGGGAUCUUUUAACACGCGUCGAUAAUCAAAUGGAAGAAGCACUUAAACAAUGUCAACAAGAUUUUAAUCAAUAUGAACAAUUUUUUCAAAAUAUUAUCAAAGAAAUGCGGGUCUUACAAUAUGAAUACAAAGAGAAACCGGCUUUUCGUUCAUAG